UUUACGUGUCGUGUUUCUUUUCUUUAUUUACGAAUUAUCGUUAUAAUUAUUAUUGUUGUUGUCAUUGCAUACGUGAUAUCGUGCACUUUGCUUAGAGGGCUCAAAAAUUAUGCGACAGUUUUCACGUGAUAAACGAAUCCUCGAUAUUAGUGAUAAAAUACAGUUUAUUCGUGUUCAGUGUGCCGAUCGAAAGUGAUUGCAAAGUUCGCGUCGUUCCUUUUCGAUUUUAAUAGUAAUUAUUGUUGUUAUUAUUAUUAUUAUUAUUAUUACUGUUUCGAAACUUUAAUUCUUACUUCGUCUUACGAUUCGCGGCUCAUCGACGUUUCUUAUCUCCUUUUGGUAUUCGAAAGCGUUGAUCGUCGUUUCCUCGUCACGGAGAGAUACGUGAAAUAAAGUGAAAAUGUCUCUUUACGUUAAACUUGUGAUCGCCUUGUUCUACGUUAUCCUGCAGGCCGCUGGAGCUCCUCAUCAAACGCUUUACGCCGAUGGGAAUGUGCAAAGGUAUCUCACCCAGUUUGGAUACCUACCAGAAACCGAUCCGAAGCUUCAAAGCCUCAGAACGGAGUCUCAGCUCAUCGAAGCCAUAAAGGAACUCCAGCGUUUUGGAGGAAUACCGGUGACGGGAAAAAUCGACGAGGCAACGAUACGACUGAUGAAAGCGAGGCGAUGCGCCCUCCCUGAUAAACCGGAUUCGAGGUUUUCGACAGGGGCGAAUUUCGACGGGAUUCAUCAUCGACGACAGAAACGAUACGCUAUUCACGGCCAGAAGUGGGAUCACACCAAUCUGACGUGGAGUCUGAGGACCCCGAGGCCACGUGGACUCGAGGUUGGAGGAGUUCGGGUCGCUUUGGGUCAGGCGCUCGAUCUCUGGGCUGUAAACUCAAAGCUCACAUUCAAGGAAGUCAACAGCGACUACGCCGACAUUUUGGUUUACUUUGAACGGGGGAAUCACCACGAUGGACACCCCUUCGACGGAAGAGGCCAGGUUCUUGCUCACGCGUUCUUUCCGGGACCCCAACGCGGCGGAGACGCGCAUUUCGACGAGGACGAGGCUUGGCUGCUCGAAGACGAUCUCGCCGAAGAAGGCACCAGUCUCUACACCGUCGCUGCUCACGAGUUUGGUCAUUCCUUGGGCCUCGAUCACACCUCGGAACAGGGCGCCCUCAUGUAUGCCUGGUAUCAGGGCUUCAGUCGAAACGACAAACUUCCGGAGGACGACAGGAUCGGUAUACAGCAGAUGUACGGCUCUCCCCAAGAUAGGCUUUGGGGUCCCUACAAUCCUGGAACUCAGGAUAGGACCUGGCCUCGGCCUAGGCCUCGGCCACAACCUACCACCACGACUACCACGACGAUAAGGCCCUGGAGAACACGGCCAACGUGGCCAACCCGCCCAGUACGGCCAACGCGGCCGUACGAUUACCCGAAGGAACCGUGGGGACGACGUCCGGAGAAACCAAACCACAGGAUUCACCGUCCUGAAACACCUACGAAACAGAGGCCGGACAACAAUCCAGGAUACCAUCCACGGACGGACAAUUCCAUCCCCAAGACCUGCGACACGAGCUACGACGCCAUCAGCGUCAUCAGAAACGAGAUAUUCAUCUUCAAGGAUCGGUACUUCUGGAGGGUUUCGGACAAAGGUCUCAUGCCUGGAUACCCGGCCGAGAUAACUCGUUUCUUCAAAUUCACUCAGAACAUUCACCACGUCGAUGCCGUCUACGAGCGGCCCAACAAGAAGAUCGUCUUCUUCGUCGGCAGGCACUAUUACGUUUUCAGCGGAAGCCAGCAGGAGAAUGGCUAUCCGAGGCCACUUACCGACCUUGGACUUCCAGCCCAGUUGACCAAGAUCGACGGUGCUAUGAUAUGGGGAUACAAUCAGCAGACCUAUUUCUUCAGCGGACACCUGUACUGGAGAUUCGACGAGGCCGCCAAAAAGGUCGAAUUGGAUUACCCAAGAGACAUGGCCAUGUUUGCCGGGGUCAGUCCCAACAUAGAUGCCGUUUUCCAAGCGAAGAACGCUAAAACGUAUUUCUUCAAAGGGAAGGGAUUCUGGGAGUUUGACGAUCUUCGGAUGAGGGUGAAGAAAGAAAGACAGACACUCUCAGCCCCGGUUUGGAUGCACUGUCCAAGGGUGUACGAAGAUGAGGAUGAGGAUGAGAACAGCAAUUUGCCGCAGAAGGACAGGAUUACGGCUGUUAAUUCGAGUACGCAAACUGUUGCAACACUUUACGGCUUCGUAUUCAUCUGUGCCGUUAUCCUGAGGUUAUAGUAGAACGAAUUUAUGCAUUAAAAGAAAGAAAAAAAAAUCCCUAUCCCGAUACGGAAUGUAUACGAUUUUCUCGUACAUUCGAAUAACACACACAUACACACACACACACAAGCACACGUACACGCACAAUUUUCAUAUCUCGGGUAUAAUCAAACCUAUCGAAUAAAAUUCGAACAGCUGCUUAAUUCGCCGUCUGCACCCCUGAUUGUUAAUUGAAUUAUUGACGAAAGCUGAAGGGUAUAAUUUCGGAUUUUCCGUUGCACAAUAGAGCUAUGAAUUGAUCCGCCCACUAUAGCUUUCGCUCACAUACCACGUGAAAUAUAUCUGAAUGUUUUGUACGUGCACUGCACACUUACACUGCCAUAUGAACGAAAAACUAGUAAGAACAAUACAUGUGAGAAUUUACCUAUUCUCUUUUUUUCUUCCAUUCGGAUAGAGGAUUAGAUACCAAUGCGUUAGCUUACAAUGUUUUUUGUUACGUGCCGGAAAAUGAAUUACCUAUUUUUUAUCAUUUUUCUACUGGAUGGGCGUGCACGUUUAGUAAGAAACUGCAAAUUUUAUGCAGUUGACCGAAAGAUAUUUUGAAAAUGACGGUUAGUUGCGAGAAUUAUCAUAAUAUUUACGUAUAAGAGAACGACCAAUACUUUUUAUUCGGUCGAAUUCAAUUGUGACGUCAAAUCAAUAUGCAUAAUCAUUAUCCAUGCCGUUCAACUGUAUUCGAUCAAACUACCAUUCUCUGACUUUGAUUUAUACUCAUUUUUGUAUACCAUAGUUAAUUAUACGUAACAUAUAAUCUAGGACAAUUUAUCGUAUAGUGUCAGGUAAUAGCUGUAAUUUUCCUUGUACCAGACAGUUACUUAUUAUUAUUAUUAUUAUUAUUUUAUUUUAUUUCAUAUUACUUUUUAAUGACUUUUUGAUUCAUAUACUUUUUAUAUUUAACUUGUAUUUAUAUUUAUACAAAUAUAUAUAUAGAUAUGCUAACGGUUGCGAAAUGCAAGAACGUAACGACCAUAUGGCAGUGCAAUACUGAUACAACAUUGAACAAGUUUAUAAAAUUUAUUAUCUCAGUCAAAAAUCCCCCCCCCCGUUGGUUUUGUUUUUUUAUCUUGAUCAAUUCAUCACAAUAAGAAUUUCAUGAUGCUUGCACAAUCGGGAAGACGAUUUGACUGAACCAAGUUAAAAAAUGAUGACAAUUUAGUGAAACCUGAGGCCUUUUUGUAAUCCGUACGAAAUUUUGAAGAGAAAGUGUCUACCUGUACGAAUUCUAAAAUAUGACACUACCAAGAAUUCAAUGAACGAUAACUCGGUACUGUAUGAAGACGUGUGAAAACGAAGCAGUUUUAGAUAAUUUGUGUUUUUCUAUACAUGGUUUAAUUAUAUUUUGACACUUUUAUGGAAUUUCUGCAGUUAAAGGGUGUUUACAUUUUCGUUCAUCAAACGGUUUUAGUCAGAGUAGAAUAAAGUUGAAUUUAUUUAAACGAGGUUAAUAAUAAUACCAAGGUUUAUCAAUUGCGGAUAAUAUUAUUGGUAAUCUACUUCUGGAAUCGAAGAAAAACGAUACAAUUUUACUAAGUGAAUACUUACAUAGUUCUAUCAGUUGUAUAACUGUGAUAUUUAUAUAAUCUGAGAGAAUAGGUAGAAUAUUUAUAUGUGCUAAGUUUAUACUAUACAAAUAAAAACUAUUGCGGUGAUGUCAAAUUUAAUGGGUUAUCAACGGUGGUAUCUGAUCCGUCUACAACAUUAAGAGAUUAAUUGAAUACAUGACAAUCAUAAUUUCAAUAUUACAUCCACUGACCGAUUCCGAAUAACCAGGAAAUCCGUUUCAAAGGGAUAAUAAAUAAUACGUGAUAACGAUCUCAUACCACAUAAAUAUGUGCUAACCUUCCGGGAGAAAUCAACAUAAGUUUUGCAUUCAUUUACUAAAACCAUGGUAAUCCAUGUAUAACUAUAUUAUGUGUAAUACGAGAAAAUGGAAAUGGCCUUCAUCGAUGUGAAUAAGAUAAUUUAUACAAAAUCCCAAAGCCUUACAUGCCUAAGCCAUUUUCGUCGUUCCACUUCUACCGAACAGAAGGUGUUUAUGAGAAGUACGAACUGAGAGGGACGAAAUAUUUGAAUGAACAUUGAUUCAAGCAGUGGUUGAAUUACAGUUAUACCAAAUCUGAACGUCACAUACUUACUAUAUUGUAUUUUAUUAUUCUGAUAUAUAUAUAUGUAUAUACAAGAAUAAAAUGUAAUUUCGUGUA